AUGCCUGGCGUCAGUGUUAAGUUUAGUGUCGACCAAUCAGUUCCUCCCACCAGGAACGCAUACUACAACAUUCCGGCCGCUUACCGUGACGCGGCUCGUCGUCGCUUAACAGAAAUGGAGAAUAGCGGAAUCAUCGAAAGGGUGACGACAGCUCCGAGUUGGAUUAGCGGAAUGUCUGCUGUACCAAAAGGAAAAAAUGAUUUCAGAUUAGUUGUGAACAUGCGGGCACCUAACCGAGCCAUUAUGCGUGAAUACUUUCGUCUACCAUUACUAGACGAAAUGAAGGUCAAACUACACGGUGCGAAGUAUUUUUCAAAACUGGAUUUGAAAAGCGCCUAUUACCACCUGGAGCUGAGUCCUGACUCGAGAGAUUUAACGACGUUUUUGACAGAAGGCGGUAUGUUCAGGUUUACACGUCUUAUGUUCGGGGUGAACUGCGCUCCGGAGAUAUUUCAACGCGAAAUGUCACGAAUUCUGGAGCCAGUAGAAAACAAGAUAGUGUACAUUGAUGACGUCUUGCUUUUCGCGGAAACUUUGGAAGAAUUACAUGAGACUGUUGCCGAGGUGCUGCGGAUCUUUAAGGAGAACAACCUAACGUUGAACAUUGACAAAUGCGACGGUAUAGCGUUUAUCUUCAAUCGUACGCGGGAGGACACGAAAAGAGCUCUAACUAGGGCAGACGGUUGGGCAUUGAGACUCAGCCCAUAUAGCUACACAGUGGAGUACAUCAAAGGGCAGGACAACAUUGCAGACCCAUCGUCACGCUUAUAUCAAGGCCAUGACGAAGCCUUCAACGAAGAGUUCAGCCCGUGGGAAGUUGCGAGUUUGGAAGCUAACACCGUUAGUUUUCUGACGGUAGACGAAAUCAGAGAAUAUACUGCCAAAGACGAAACGUUGCAACAGGUUAUUAAGGCGCUAACUUCGGGAAGUUGGGCAGACAACCUACGAAGGUAUCAUGCGAUCUCGAACGAUCUUCAUUACCAAGAAGGUUUAUUAACGAAGCUUGGGUGUGCCGUUAUUCCUGGUGAACUCCGUCGAAAAACCCUGGAAGUCGCACAUUCUGGCCAUCCUUUGUCCGCCAAACUCAAAAGCAUUCUUCGAGAACGCGUUUGGUGGCCAGGAAUGACCAAAGAUGCGGAUGAUUGGGUGAAAUCCUGUAAAACGUGCGCUGUAAAUGGAAAACCAGAAAAGCCCACUCCAAUGCAGCGAGUUUUUGCUCCUAAAACCGCGUGGGAGACGGUGGCUGUUGACUUCAACGGCCCAUAUGCGAAAUAUGGAGGAAUUUCCAUUCUCGUGGUCAUAGAUUACAGAUCCAGAUAUGCUUUCGCAAGGCCUGUUAAAUCUACUGGUUUUGAGCACACGAAGAAGGUUUUGGACGAAAUUUUCGAUGCAGAAGGCCUCCCAAAAGCCAUUAAAUCCGACAAUGGGCCUCCGUUCAAUGGCGAGGAUUAUAAGGAAUACUGCACUGCACGAGGUAUACAGAUGAUUUUCUCGACUCCGUUUUUCCCACAACAAAAUGGUUUAGUAGAGAACUUCAUGAAGGUCGUCAAUAAGGCCAUGUGUGCUGCAUAUUCCGGAAGUAACAAUUAUCAAGAAGAACUCCAAGCGGCAGUCCAAGCACAUAACUCGGCUGCCCACUCUAUCACGAAGAUGCCACCGGAAGAGGUGUUACACGGCAGGAAGAUACAACGAGGGUUACCUUUGUUGGAGCGUGGAAAAGCGGACGUUGAUGAAAAUUUGUUAAACUCAAGAGAUGACAAAGCUAAAACUUAUUCUAAACAACAUGAAGAUGCAAGACGUGGUGCAAAGCCUUGUAAAGUUCUUGUAAAUGAUACAGUUAUACUUGAACGCCGAGCGAAGACCAAAGGCCAAUCAAGAUUCGACCCUAAGCGCUACACUGUGGUCGAAGAGAACAAUGGAAGUUUGGUUUUGCGCGAUGAGGACGGUGUUCUGGUUCGACGUCACGUGACCCAGACAAGGAAAGUCGAUGAGUGGAGGAAUCCUGAGCCGGAAGCAGCUGGAGAUCUAUCCAACCAAGGCCCCUCCUUGACGACGCGUCCAAUUCGGGAACGUCGAGCUCCGCGCCACCUUGAUAGCUACGUGCAGCCCGUCGAGAAGUUGUAG